AUGCAACGUUGCCGUUUGUUGAAGUUGAUACGAAGGAAGAGGAAAAUAAUAUGGUUGCUCCUAAGUAUAUUUAUGGUACAUUUCUGCCUUUUUCGUGCGUACUCUUCCUACUCUGAAAGUUGCUUUAAAACAGAGUGGAAUAGUGCAGCCUCUGGGUCAGCUUUUCUUGUUGAGAGUGCUCUUGGAGACUGUGAACAUGUUCUCAAUAAACUUACUGGAUAUUGUGCGAAGUCAUUCGAGGUCAAAGAUUUCGCAAUAGCUGUUCAUCUUGGAGACAGAACAAACUCGCUGAGACAAGGUGGUAUUAUUUAUGCUGUUCUCAAAACAGUCGGCACGAUUGCUUUGAUAGGAAAAGUGGACGUUUAUGUCAAUAUCCGCCAAAUUUCGCAGCUCGAGGAAAUUAAAGUAUUUGAUAUUUGGAAGAAAUGCAGAAAUUUGCAUCCCAUCUACACAUUGCAACGUAACAAUGCCGGUAUGGAUAUUGGUGGAUUUUUCAAUUCCAUGUUGGCUAUUUCACAAAGGUGCAGAAUUUACAAAUUGAUUUUAAAGCUUCAUUCAAAAGAAGAUCAGAACUGGUUAAGAAAUGCUGUACAUCCUCUCGUUGGCAAUUCUGCUGCAGUUGCUACUUUACUGAACACCUUCUUGAAUGAAUCAAAUAAGAUCGGGAUAGUGGCUGGACUACCUACACAUCCCUUUAACUGCUCUGUAAAAUUGUCUGACCGAUUGUUCUUUGGAUAUGCAUUAGGUGACAUAGAUCAUUUAUCAUCAACUAUGCCACAUGAAGAUAAGAUUCUGGAAAAAUUUGGAGCACGGGUACCUAGACAUAAAAGAAUGUUUCAUGCAGGUUCUAUGUUUGGUAUAAAUGGUGUAAUGUUGAGCGAAGUUUUGCCAGCAGAAAAGAUUAAAAAAGUUUUGUUUGAAUUGAACGACCCCAAUACUCUAGACUUGAAUUGGUUCAGAAUAAUGGCUCGUAUUACAGGAGACUCAAUAGCAGUAAAACAAUCUUAUUAUUAUCGCUUCAAUACAUGGAAAAGACAUACUCCUGGAAAUAGCAUAGUAGCUCACCAUCAACGUGGUAUUCUAGCUGAUGGACAAGUUGAGCAUGCCUGGGAACGGAUUUUCUUUUAUCUACCUUUUUUAUCUGGGAGAUCGAUUGCACUUCAGUUUCUCGAUCAAAAUCAAAAUCAUGCUAACAUGAUAUUGCCAAAAGAUAUGGAUUUGAGUAGUAUGGAUGAGACAAAAUGUUUUCACAAUACUUUCCACUAUGAAGAAUGCAGAGAGUCUUCAAAUGCUACUGCAAUGUGUUUUCUCUAUGCAAAUUAUGGAGAGUGUUUGUUGAGACCUUCAUACAUGCAUCAAAAUUGUGAGGAUAUUUGCAGCUGUUCACGGACAAAUAGAACGGACCAUUUCCAUUAUCACAAAGUGCAGCUUGCUUUCAUUACAAAUAUGCGAAGUGCUGGUCCGUUUAAUUCAGUUUCAAAGAAAUACGCAAACAUUUUUCAGUGUAUUCUGCAUAGAAAGAAGCAUCACACUCUUGCAUUUCCGCCAAUAGGUGAUGAAAUAUAUUUCAGUUCCAAAAUGCACAUCACCGGUUGCGCGAGACUUGAAACCAUGAAUUCAAGAUUUCAAGCUUUGAUUGAUGAGCGAGGUUUUCUUUAUAUAUACAACUUCCAAGCAGAACUUUUGUGGUCAACGGAAAAGAGCAAAAGCCAUUUUUUAAAGUGGUUCCGAAACCAUCUUUUGACUUCAUUUCAAUUCAAACGAAGACUUUCAAAUUCAAAAUAUUUCGUACUUCAUGGCAACAAACAAGGUUUACAUAUUUCUAACUUGUCUCUCUAUCAGGUUUUGCAAUGCUAUUCCCAUUGGUGUUCGCAUCCGUUCAUACUGACUUCAGAGGGUACAAGGGUGUUGAAGCUUGAUGAUACUGGGUGCCUAAUAUUACGUUCAAGUUUCGGCAGUAUGUUGGAACAACAGUUAUGGUCGUCAUGCACUCUCACAGACAUUUCAUACUAA